AAAUAAUGAAAACCAAACAAGGAAUUGAGACGAAACAAGAUUGCCGACUUCUUCCCAGGACGGUUCGUUUGUUUACAUUGACCGGCUGAGAGAGAGAGAGAGAGAGAGAGAGUGUGGACCCAUGUGUGCUGCAUUCCAUGACUAGAAGUUGUAUUUUAACGCGGUGUGUGGUGCCGCGGGCCAGGCAGACACUGUGCUUCCUGUGGCACCAUCGCGCGGCGUCCUCGGCAGUAGUGGCGGCAGCAGCAGCAGCAGAGACCCGCGCCAUGACCCCCGCAGCUGGUGACCUCCCCGCCGCCACGCCCUCCCCCAUCCUGCCAAGAAGCUUUCAUUGGCUCUAUCAACACUGCCCGGCCUUUCCCAUCAGUGGCUCUAAGGUGCGGGUAAUUGUUGAUCCAAGGGAGUUUUACCAAGAGCUGCUGGACAAGGCGGGAGCAGCAAGGGAGAGAAUCAGUAUCUCUUCUCUCUAUCUCGGCACUGGGAAGCUGGAGGAGAAGUUGGUGUCCGUGGUGGGGCAGCGAGUGGCAGCAGUGGAUGGCCUGAAGGUUCACUGGCUGUUGGACCACACGAGGGGCUCCCGGGGCCACCACAGCUCCCGGUCCAUGCUGCGUCCCCUUCUGGCCCAGUAUCCUCACUCCUGCUCAGUGUCACUGUACCACACUCCACACCUGCGGGGGUUGCUGCGUCGCCUCAUUCCACAGCGCUGGAAUGAGACAAUUGGCCUGCAGCACAUGAAGCUAUAUGUGUUUGAUGACUCCCUCCUCAUCUCUGGGGCCAACCUCAGCAACGACUACUUUACCAACCGCCAGGACCGCUACAUGGCGUUUGAGGACUGUCCGGCGCUGGCUGCCUUCUACCACAACCUCAUUGCCACAGUCAGCCGCUUCUGUCCCCAGCUGGCCACCGAUGACUCCACCUCAAUGCCAGCUGGUACCUCUGUCCACCCCUACCUGGGUGACUUGGAGGAGUACUGUGGCACCAUGAGGGAGGCAGUGCUCAGGCUGUGGAGGGCCGAGUGCGACAGAAACCCGGAGAGACUGAGACAUAUGGAGAGCACAGGAGACACCUCGGCCUCCUCCUCCUCCUCCUCCCUGGACACCCUCGUCUUCCCUACACUACAGAUGGGUCCCUUCGGCAUCACCAACGACGGCUACGUGACCAAACGAUUCCUGAGCAGUGCCGAGGAGGGGUCUCACAUCCACCUGGCCUCGGGAUACUUCAACCUGACAGAGGAGUACAUGAAGUGCGUCCUGGGCCAGUCAAGGGCGUCCUACAGCAUCCUUAUGGCCCACCCCGAGGUUAGGAAUAGAAUACUUGGCCAAUGGGUUCCUGGGUGCCAGGGGAUUUGCGGGGGCCAUCCCAGCCGCCUACACCCAGCUGGCCAAACUGUUCUUCAGGCGGGUGACGAGUGGCAGCCAGGAGCACCGGAUAAGCUUGCACGAGUACCGGAGGAAGGGAUGGACCUUCCACGCCAAGGGUCUGUGGUACGCCAGGCCGGGGCACACCUGGCCGGCACUCACCAUGGUGGGCUCCCCGAACUUUGGCUGGAGAUCAGUGCAACGCGACUUGGAGACACAGGUGGUGGUGGUGACGCAGAACACAGCACUGAGGGAGGCGCUGCACAGGGAACACAGCCGCCUCUAUGACUGCGGCACUGAGGUCACCGACGGCACGUUCUCCUCCCCAGGGCGCUAUGUUCCCCUGUGGGUGCGGUGUGUUAUGCCAAUCAUCAAGGCGUUCUUCUGAUGGUGUUCUGUGGUGCUGUGGUGGUGGUGGUAGUAGUGGUGCUGGAAGACUACUGCUGGGAGAGAGAGAAUAAGAAAGGACUUGUUUUUUAGAUUCUUUACCCAAGUGCUGGAAAAUAAGGGGUGUUUGUUUUUUAUUUAUGUUUGUGUAUGUGUGUGUGUGUAUGGAAGGAUCCUUGGUGCAGUAAAGAUUGAGUAGUACUAUAAGGGCUGUGUUUGUUUAAGUCCUCUUGUCAGUUUGUCAAGUGCUGGAAGUUUUUUUUUGUGUGCACAGGACAUUUGGUAUAGUGAAGAAUGAGCAAAAAAUUCCAAAUGUUUAAUAAAGGGAGAGAGAGAGAGAGAGAGAGAGAGAGGACUUUGUAAGUGGUAAAGGAAAGCAAUAUUUUAAGAUAUUUAGAGAAGAAAGUAAAGGAUUUUAGUAAAUUUAUCAGUAAAAGUUGAAGAAUAUAAUGUAGAAUAGAAAAAGCUUGAGAUUUUGAGUAAAGGUUAAAAUACUGGAGAAGAAAUGAAAAGUUGGUAUUUUAAAGACAAGAUUACUUUCAUGUUCUUACACAAUAUGAAAAGGAAAGUUGUUUAUAAGUUCAUAAAAAGUUGUGUACAGCUGUAAAGGAAAGUCACAAGUUACAGGUAUUUUUUUGGCAGCUGUGACUGAAAAUCUUUAAAUUAUCAGUCAUGAGAAAUGUUAGUCACGUUAGUCUGUUAGUAAGUGCAGAGAUUUGUAGCAAAGAGUGACAGGUGUAAGUUAGUGGAGAGUUUAUAGAGAAGAAUAAUAGAUGUUAGUAAGUGAAGAGUAUUAAAAAUUAUAUUGAGUGAGUGUUAGUAAGUGAAGAGUGACAGGUCUGUUAAUAAUUAUGUACAGAGUAUUAAAACGUGACCAAGUACUUUGAAAAAAUACUGUGAAAUGUUAAUAAAGUGUACAAACAGUCUGGAA